AUUUAUUUUAACCUCUUUGGGUUUCAACUUGCGGUCACAUGUAGGCUAUAGAUGGCGAUUUGGCAGUUCAGACCUCGGUAGUCAUGUAUACAUGAUGUACUGUACAUGUACAUGUACAUGUAGGAUUCUGGGUGGCUCAAAGGCCUCGAUCCCACAAUACCACCGCUCUUCCCUGCAGUCACAUCACAUCAGUAAACGUGUUUAUUCUGACCGAGGAACUUGGAUUGACGGAGGGGUAUUCUAUGACUAUGCAUAAUAAUCCCGCAAGCGAGCCGAUCGUUGGACUGGAUUGAGUUCGCGGUCUGGGAAGUUUCUGAAGCUACGCCGCUAUGCUACGGAGAGUUCAGGAGCUAAGCAGCACUAAACGCAUGGAACCCUGCUACUGUCAAGUACUGCGGGGGCUUGCCACCAGUUUGCCAGGGCUAGAAAACUGAUCUCGGCCUCUGGUUGGCUGCGGCAUUAUCAAUCUCCCAUCAGAUACGCCGAAAAGGCCUAGCCGCAUCUGAUAAAAAUUUCUCCCCCCUCCCAAGCUCCCUGCUGUAGAAGGAAGAUGCGCGACAAAACCCAGCUGUGCUUAAGGUUGAACUCAAGGCAGGGAAAAAAAGAAAAGAAGAAAGCCUGUUGGAUCGCUUCCCAAACACAGGACAAUGUUAGGGUUUUACCGGCUUUAUCUAGUGCUGUCAGGUCCUGGUUUCCUUUUGAUGCGUCGAGGGAUCUUUAAAAUGCAGCCCCAUGCCCGCAUCCGAGCCCGGAAUUGGCCCUUUGUUUCUUUUCCUCUUCAUAAACCGAAGGAUUGCUUGCUUACGUCGAUCAACUCGCCUAUAUCUACUUCAGUAAAUACUUGGAUCUUGUCUAUUCAAUUACCACCUUGAUCGUCUCUACUCAAUAACUACCUGGAUCGCAUCUGCGCAAUAACCACCCAGACCUAACCAUUCGAUAACUACUCGAAUCCUAUCUAUCCAACAGUUGCUUUUAACUGUUAUCUGUCUCAUUAAUUACUUGGACUUUUCACUCCGCGACUCUCCGUUGAUUCACCAUGGGAGCUGCUGAGGACAGCAAGGAGGCCAUGCCUCCGCAGCCGGUGGAGGUCGAUAUGAAAGAGAAGCACCCUGCAGCUGACCCCGGAAACGCAGGCCAGGAUGACCAGUCGCCGGUUCUCCUGGGAGAGAAAAGUCCUGGUGUUGCGCGGAUCGAGGUUAUUUCUCGUUACUUCACGCUUCCAGAUCGUAUCAUGUUCUUUUUUGGUAUAUUCCUUCUCGCCUAUGCUUAUGGCUUGGACGGGACGAUUCGUUACACCUAUCAGCCUUAUGCCGUUGCUUCAUAUGCCGAACAUAGCUUGUUAGCAACAGUUAAUGUUCUACGAGGCGUCAUUGGUGCUGCUGCCCAGCCAACCAUCGCAAAAAUUGCUGAUGUGUUUGGUCGCGCGGAGGUUAUCUCUGUUACUAUUGUAUUCUAUAUCAUUGGUACCAUUGUUGAAGCUUGCGCGACUAAUGUGCAAUCAUUCUGCGCCGGUGCUGUCCUAUAUCAAAUUGGAUACACUGGCAUCAUGUUGCUUGUAGAGGUUCUGAUUGCCGACACAACAUCUCUUCGAUCCCGUCUAUUUUUCUCUUACAUUCCCGCAUUACCAUUCCUUAUCAAUACGUGGGUGAGCGGAGAUGUCACGAAUGCUGUUUUGGCCACUACAACUUGGCAAUGGGGUAUUGGAAUGUGGGCAAUCAUUUACCCAGUUUGCUGCCUGCCCUUGAUCAUAUCUCUAUUCAUCGUCCAUAGAAGAGCAAAGAGAGAUGGCGCUCUUGAGAAGUACAAAAGCUCGUAUGAGCUUAUGGGUGCUCGCCAGCUUUCAAAAGCUCUCUUCUGGCAGUUGGAUGUAAUCGGCAUCAUCCUUUUGAUUGCCAUUUUGGCGCUUAUCCUUGUCCCUUUUACUCUUGCCGGUGGAGUAGAGACCCAAUGGGCAAAGGCCAAGGUGAUCGCACCACUUGUCGUUGGGUUUUGUUGCAUUCCUGCCUUCAUUCUCUGGGAAAAGAAUUGCAAACAUCCCAUGCUUCCAUUUAAACUUCUGAAAGACCGCGCGGUCUGGGCUGCUCUUGGACUUGCAAUGAUGCUUAACACCGCAUGGUAUCUUCAGGGAGACUUCCUGUUUACGGUGUUAAUUGUUGCCUUUGACGAGUCAAUCAAAAGUGCCACCCGUAUCACGUCCCUGUACAGCUUUGCAUCUGUCAUCACAGGUUGUAUCGCCGGCCUACUUGUCAUGAAGAUUCGCCGGCUUAAGGCCCUUAUCAUCUCCGGAACACUUCUUUUCAUCGUGGCAUUCGGUCUCCUCAUUUACUUCCGUGGAGGAACGAGCGGAGCUAAUCAGUCCGGGAUUAUUGGUGCUCAGGUCUUGCUCGGUAUUGCUGGGGGUUUAUUUCCCUAUUCCGCCCAAGCAAGUAUCCAAGCUGCAACGAAACAUGAACACGUGGCCGUUAUCACCGGCUUGUACCUCGCAAGCUACAACAUCGGCAGCGCAGUCGGCAACGCUAUCUCUGGCGCAAUCUGGAACCAAGUGCUUCCGGGCACUAUCAAGGACCGAGUCGGUGACAUUAUUGACGCGGGCACGAUAUACGGCAACCCGUUUGGAUUUGCUUCGGAAUAUCCCGUUGGCACGCCAGUCCGCGAUGGCGUUAUUGAUGCCUAUCGUCAUGUCCAAAGGCUGCUGUGCAUUACUGGUAUUUGCCUCAGUGUGCUGUUGGUCGUCUUUGCCGUAUUGCUCCGUGACCCCGUUCUGGGAAAGACUCAGAGUCUUGAGGAUGCGGAGAAGCUAUCGAUCUCGUCGGCUGAGGAAGAGAGUUCGAGAUGAUUGUGUGAGGGUUUAUUUGUUUUAUUCUUUUGGUUUUCUUUUUUCUAUUUUCUUUUUCUCUUUUUUCAAGAUCCCCGGUUAAAAGCCUUACUCCCUUCAUAUUGUUUGUUUUUGUUUGUUUUCAACGAUGCCCCUUUUGAUGUUUAUUUAUAGAUACUGUCCAUGGAAGAGGAUGUAUAUUGAUUUAUUGAGUUCAAACGGCUUCGGAUGGUUUUGGGUACAGGUUUUGGGUGGUUUCCAGUGCUUUUCCAAAUGGUUUCCUGUUUAUAUACGAUUCCCGAGUUCUAGAUGAUUCCCUAUGUUUUCUGAUAUGAUAUAACUCUAAUAUUAAUGUCUUAUUUUUUUUAUUUUUUUUUAUAAUGAUAUCCAGUCCUCACAAAGCAAAUAUUUUGCAGGCCCCUAUGAAACUCGGAUUUCAGUCAUAAGCGGCGAGUUAUAUUCUUAUCAUUAUAUCCUUACUAGCAUUCAGCACCUAGUCAAGGUGAAUGAGUGGCAUAUAAAAUAUAGAGAGUAGUUCGUUCCGUGACAUGAAACUUCCAUACUAUAUAGUAGUAACUAGCCAUGGCCAAUUUGAGUGUCAG